GGCACUCACCAUGACCGCGACCACGACCUUCGCCGGCUACCACGCCAUCGCGCUGCCGCUGGCGCACAGCUCGUUCCGGCGCUUCAUCUACGCCAAGCAGCACGACGCCAAGCCCGGCGCGCACGCCGAGUCGGUGCUGGCCGCGGGCCGCACCGCGUACCUCGUGAACCUGCCGGCCGCCGCGUCGGAGGAAUGGCUGCGCGCGUGCCUGGAGCCGCUGGGCGCCAUCCAGCACGUGGUGGCCGGCACCGGAGGCCUCAUGGACGCUGAAGGACAGGACGAAGAUGUUACAGUGGACGACGUGGCCGCGCGCACGGCGCACGUGGUGUUUAAAGCUCCGGAGUCGCUGGACAAGAUGCUGCAGGUGGACACUCUGGAGACGCCCGCGCCGGGCCGGCCCUGUGGACUGCAAGGCUACGCGGCCGCGUACCGCCGCAACCGCCCCGGCCUGUCGGUCAUCAAGGAGCUGGCGGACCGCUACAUGGCCUCGUUCGACGAGAUGGAGGACGAGGACAAGCGCAGACGCGAGGAGCUCAAGAACCAGGUGGACGACGACGGCUUCGUGACGGUCGUCAACACCAAGAAGCGCGGUAUCGUGCAGGCCGAGGAGGUGCUGGCCAAGCCCGCCAAGAAGCAGAAGAGCAAGGAGAUGGACAAUUUCUACAGGUUCCAGACGCGCGAGAAGAAGCGAGACCAGCUGAAGACGCUGCGCGAACGCUUCGAGGAGGACCGCCAGUUGGUGGAGAAGAUGAAGAAGGCCAAUAAGUUCCGACCCGAGUAA